GUGGCGGCUGUCAUUCGUGAACAACAUCCCGGAGGAGCUGCUGACAGGUGGCGACCACUCCCUGCAGACGCACUUCAACCUCGUCAACUACCAGCUCGUGAAUCUCAGAUCAGCGCUCGCCAUCGCCACAAUACUCAACAGAACGCUUGUCCUGCCCGCCACGUGGGUGCGCUACGAUCGCAUCUGGUUCCCCCACCCGGGGAUACUGGACGGCACGGACACGCCGCAGCCGUUCCUGGCGCCCGCCGACCACGUGGUGGAGGUGCAGAAGAUGCUGCCCGGCGCUCUCAAGGAGGACGAGUUCGGCCCCGCCGUGCCCAUCCGCGAGUACUCCUUCCUUGACAACCCUCGCACCCCACACGCCGUGCUCAAAUCGAAGCUGGCCGUGCAGCUGUGUGACGAGGGCUCCCCCGACUGCCCCAGCACGCCCACUGGCGCCACCGACAGCAUUUGCAUGAAGAAGAACACGCGGCAGAACGAGCUGAAGGCAGUGCUGUCGCGCUACUCAGGCAUGAAGUGGAUCGAGUUCUCUUCCAUGCUCCACUCCUUUGGAGGCUGGGACGACAAGGCGAUGGAGAGGAAGUUCAGAUGGCGGCUGCGGCAGUACGUGGGCAUCUGGUGCUGCGUCAAUGCGCAGCCAGGGCACAUCUGGUACGACUUGUUCAACGAUGAGAUCCCCGGGUGGAAGCCAAGGCCGCCAGCCAAUUGGACAGAGGACCACCCGCCAUGGGGCAAGGACCAACCGGGCGCCUUAUGA